AGUCUAGAGAGUCCACUGCCGCAACCGCACUGAGAGAAUAUAUCGCAUUAAGUCUUGGAGUAAUAGUCUUAAUUAAGAGGGAAAUUGUUCACAUACAGACCGAGUAAUGCGGAAAUCAGAUUGUAUCUAAGUUAGGAUGAACGAGAAUGGUUCAUUUUUGUGUAACAAACAAAUGCACUAGUUUGUGGGUUAAACGCUACAAGUUACCAUCAAAUAAUUGUUUCCUUUUUGUGUAGUGGAAGAACCUUUGUCGUACGCAUAUCGGAUCUCCAUGAGUGGGGUUGGUCAGCAUCAGCGUGCGACAGAAGAUGUACAAGGCUUCAUUGUCGAUGCAGAAGGUCUCGUCCGUGUUCUCGACGAGCUGAUGGACCGACAGGUGGCGUUGAAUUACACGUUUGGGAAAAUAUCUCGGAUGAGCAUGGCGUCGACGCCGCCGGUGCCCACCAUGGCGAUGCCGAUACGCGGCUGGAGAGGAUCAACGUACACUACGUUGUCUCAAGGGGUAGAUACUUGCCACGCGCCGUCCUCGCAGACUUCGGAGCCCGUGGCCAUGGACGCAGUCAAGUGUGGCCCCUUCGGCAGACUAUACCGCUCUGACAACUUCGUGUACGUGCAAAGUGGCGCCGGCAACAACUGGGCCAAGGGCCACUACAUAGAAGGAGACGACCUGGUAGACGCCGUGCUAGACGUGGUCCGUAAGGAGGCUGAGAGCUGAGAUUGCCUGCAGGGCUUCCAGCUCGCUCACACGCUGGGCGGUGGCACGGGCUUCGGCAUGGGUACUUUACUGAUGUCUAAGAUCCGCGAGAUUGCCCCGACCGGAUCAUGAAGACAUACUCGGUCGUGCCCUCCCCCAAGGUGUCUGACACGGUCGUGGAGCAAUACAACUCCACAUUGUUGGGCCUUCAGCUCGUCGAGAACGCGGACGAGACCAUUUGCAUCGACUACGAAGCCUUGUCCGAAUCUGCCUAUAGCACAUUGAAGCUGACAAAUCCCACUUACGGAGAUGUGAACGACCUGGUCUCCCUCACCCGGGAUCACCAUCUGCCCUCACCCGGGAUGACCGGGAUCACCAUCUGCCUACGCUUCUGGCCAGCUGAACGCCGACCUGAGGACGUUGACCGUGAACAUGGUGCCCGUCCCCACGCUACACUUCUUCGUGCCCGGUUUCACUCCACUGACGGUUGCGUGGCAGCACCGCGCCUUGAUGGUGGCAGUUCAUGCAGCACAUCCGCCAUUUAUGAAGUGUUCAAGCGCAUAUCAGAACAGUUCACGGUCAUGUUCAAGCUCAAGGCUUUUUUCACUGGGCAUAAAUGAAAUGGAAUUCACGGAGGCAGACUCAAAUAUGAUUGACCCAAUUAGGGAAUACCAGCUCUACGGAUACGCUAGAUAGAUAAGGGUUCAUGUCGAUUUAAUCGUAUAUAGUUAUUUUAUUAAAUGUAUUUCCUUUUGUUGAAAAUCUUAGGAAAUAAAGUUU